AGAACAUGACAGAGAUCAUCCUGUCUGGCCGCAGCUCUUCAUCGAAGUAGAUAAUAUCACGUACAGACUGUAGCUAACUCACUUUUCUUUCCACUGACGGGUUUCUCACGCACGGUGAUGCUGAGAUGCUGACGAUGUGGCUCUAAAUGUGAUGAAACGUAAGGGUUUGAUGGCGAUACGACAGGUUUUCUCACUGCGAAGGGUUCGAUUCUUCCUCAAGCAGCUUGAAAUGUGAUGAAAUCGAGAGAAGCUGCUCUGCUGAGCCUUUUCUGUAUUUGUCUUUCUCAGAUAAAUGUCUCGGACAUAUGUAGUUUCUCCUGCACAGUUCUUUAUGAUUUGACAUGGACGUAAUGUGCCCUUUAAGGCUGUGCACAGCAGCACAGAUCUUCAUUUCAAAUCUUAUCUCUGGUGUGCACAUAUUUACAAGUUUGCAUGUUGUCAGAACCACAAAAGAUUCCUCACCUGAUGCAGCAGAAGGAGCCCGACCAGCUCGGUCUGUUGCCACAAUCAGCCAUUUUCACUAUUUUCUACAAUAUAGUAAGUAUUUAUUUAAUUCUCACCAAUAUUUUAUAUGCCAUACGUACAAUAGAAAAGACUCGUAUGGUAAAGUCAAAUGUUCCUGCUGUGCUUGUUUCAACUUUUAAACUUUUGUUUAAUUUUGCUGUGACGACUUGCAGCUCAAGUUUAGAGUUCAUCUUUCACUCACGUCUGUUCAUUCCAUCUCCUUUUCUGUCAGGUGCUUUAGAUGGAGAUGCUGCCACAAACCAGUGAAGUUCAGAUGCAGAUGAUGAGGGUCACUGCAGUCGUGUCUGUGAAUGUGCUGACAGCCAACAUGUUACUGAGUGUCUUCUUUGUUUCAGGUGUUUUGGCUGCUUGUCCUAAGCCAGCAGUCCUCUUCAUUACUGCACCAAAGAAGAUGGAAGCACUGAAUGGAUCUUGUUUGCAAAUCCCAUGUAACUUUACAUUUCGACCAGAACAAGAGUUUGACAGCAGGAGAGAAACCUUUGGAGUGUGGAUUAAAAGUAACCCACAUUUUGACAGCAAAUCAAACAAUGUGAUCUUCAACAGCAGUGGGACAGUUAACACCUAUCCAAUGAGGAUUACUGGAAACCUGAGUGAGAAAGACUGCACCACUCUGUUUUCCAGUUUAUUAACAAGUUACACAGACACGUACUACUUCAGAGCUGAGAAUCAACCACUCAUAGCAACAGCUACUUGUGAUCCUGUUCAAAUAAGAGUUCAAGAUUCUCCUCCGAGGCCCAGAAUUGAGAUCUCAGGUGAUCUGAAGGAGGAGCAGUCUGUCACUAUAACCUGCUCAGCUGUCACUCCCUGUCCACACUCCCCUCCUCAACUCACCUGGAGUCUCCAACAAGACGCUCGCAACAACAUGGAGGAAAACGCAGAUGGAACCUUUACAACUAAAAUCCAGGAGACCAUCACUCUGUCAGACCAACAUGAUGGAAACAACAUCACCUGUUCUGCCACAUAUCCUGUGAAUGAAGGAAAAGAUGUCAGGACGGCCCAGGAGACAAAGACUCUCAGUGUGUCAUAUGCUCCCAAGGACACCUCAGUGUCCAUCAGUCCAUCAGGUUUGGUGUCAGCAGGUAGCUGGGUGAACCUGACCUGCUCCAGCAGAGCCAAGCCUCCUGUCAGCUUCAGCUGGUUCAGGAUCAGCAAAGAUGGACCCACGUUGGUAUCUGAAGGACACUUUUACAGCUUUAAUGUGACAGAAGGAGGACUUUAUUACUGCGUGGCCACAAAUGAGCUUGGCAAUCACUCAUCAAUAAUCCGUAUUGAUAUUGAAGGUCCUCCAAAGUCGUUUGGGGUUAACGUCUACGUUACAGUGAAGAUCCUGGGCAUCAUAAUGCUCUACAGUACACUCUUCAUCUUUGAGGGGUGCUUUAGAUGGAGAUGCUGCCACAAACCAGUGAAGGAGGCAGUCGAAGCAGACUACGUCAACAGAGUGAUUGAGAUUCAAGCGUCAUGAAGGACAAGAGAAAGACAUGUCCACCAUGAAUGGAAUGUUUCUCUGUCUUAAAUCUGAAAUGACUCUGGAGAUGAUCUGUGAGAUGGAUGGAAAGCGGGACAAACGAUUGUUUCUGUAGAAGAUAACACAAAUAUAAUAUGCUGUAUUAGUUAGUGACUGAGCUGAUUUAUGUCAUUCUUACACUAAUUCUUUGUCUUUGCCUCAAUGCUUCUUUGUAUGUACAAAUAUCUGAAAGUGUGAAGAAUUUGUAUUAAUGCCAACAUUAAAUCAUAUUAAUGAUCAUGUGUUUUGUAUCCAAAAUGUGUCUGCAAAGAAUGGCACAAAUAUCAUUUUUUAGUCUUUUUGUUUUGUAUUGUUUUACUGAUACCGGUGUUUUCUGUUGAUAGUUUGGCUUUGUUCAAUAUCAACAGAAUAAAUACAUUUUCACCAUUG